GGAAAAAAAGAAAAAAAGAAAGGAAAAGGGAAGAGAUAGAGUAACAAGUAAAGCUUAAAGUUUUACAUUAAGAAGGAGAAGAAAAAAAAAAAAACACAAAAACGGUGAGGGUGGUUACAAUGGGGCCGACUGGGGCUCCGGGUCCCGCCCGCUCCCGUCCCGCGGCGGCGCGGACUCCAAGGCCCGGCAUGCGGCGGGGCGGCGCGCAUGCGCGUUGCGGCGGGCUUGAGUGGCAAGUUGUUUGUUCAGCGAGCCCAGCUGCUCGCCCCGCGCCGCUGCUCUGCCCGGCUCCGCUCCGCGCCCGCCCCGCAACUUCGGCACCCGCAUCCCCGCCCCCGGAGCCGGGUAGGGGGAAAAGGAGCCGAGGAGAGGGGAGGAAAAAAGGAAAAGAAAAAAAAAAAAAAAAAAGGAAAAAAAAAACCGAAAAAAAAAAAAAAAACAACCACUACCAACAAGGCAGCGACAAUAACAGCACCCCCCUCCCCCUCCCCAUUCAAAAACACAAAAUAAACCCCGGGGAUAGAUGAACUACAAAUGAGAAAGAGGAAAAGAUGGAACUGCACAUCCUAGAGCACAGGCUCAGAGUGGCCAGCAUAGCCAAGGAGAGCAUCCAGUUGUUUACCUAUGGAUUAAUCAAACUUGCUUUCCUGUCCUCCAAGACGAGGUGCAAGUUCUUCAGCCUCACGGAAACCCCCGAGGACUACACCAUCAUUGUGGAUGAAGAGGGCUUCCUAGAGCUCCCUUCCUCGGAGCACCUGAGUGUGGCCGAUGCCACAUGGCUUGCCCUCAACGUGGUGUCCGGCGGAGGCGGCUUCUCUGGCUCCCAGCCCAUCGGCGUGACCAAAAUUGCCAAGUCAGUCAUAGCACCACUAGCUGACCAAAACAUCUCAGUGUUCAUGCUCUCCACCUAUCAGACAGACUUCAUCUUGGUACGUGAGCGAGACCUGCCCUUCGUCAUGCACACGCUGGCUGCAGAGUUCACCAUCCUCAGAGUAGUGAACGGGGAGACGGUGGCCGCCGAUGACCUUGGGAUAACAAAUGGAUUUGUCAAACCAAAAUUGGUUCAGAGGCCUGUCAUUCACCCCCUUUCCAGUCCGAGUAAUAUGUUCUGCGUCACCAGCCUGGACCCAGAUACCCUUCCCACUGUUGCUACACUCCUCAUGGAUGUCAUGUUUUACUCCAAUGGAGUAAAGGACUCGGUGGUGGGCAAUGAAGACUCGGGACACAUUCGCUUUUUCUCCUUUUCUCUCAUCGAGGGUUACAUCUCCUUGGUCAUGGAUGUCCAGACACAGCAGAGAUUUCCUAAUAAUUUGUUGUUUACAAGUGCAUCUGGUGAGCUCUGGAAGAUGGUGCGGAUUGGUGGGCAGCCCCUUGGCUUUGAUGAAUGUGGAAUUGUUGCUCAGAUUUCUGAGCCUUUGGCCGCGGCCGACAUCCCAGCCUACUACAUCAGUACUUUUAAGUUUGAUCACGCGUUGGUACCCGAAGAAAAUAUAAACGGUGUGGUCAAUGCACUCCAAGUCAGUCAAGCUGAAAAGCAUUAGAAAUCUUCUGAGCUGGUUCCAGAUGCUUUUUAUUAUUAUUAUAAUUAUUAUUAUUAUUCUUUUUUUUUUCUCACAGUAUUUCUUGAAAAAUCUGAUUCCAGAGAGUGACAUGAAAAGAGACUGUGGAAAGUUGAGCAGAAACAGCUCCAAAUAGCCUUUGUUUUAAUUAUUAUUAUUAUUAUUGUUAUUUUAUUAAAUUUCUUUAUGAAUGAGGGGCAGGAGGAGGGGAGGUCAGGAUGUUUCCUGAGGCUUAGCUCAGGGUGAGAUGGAGCUGCCUGGGAACUCCUGUUGUUCCCCAGCACGGGCCAUGGAUGGACAGAAGGACACGGAUGGAUGGACGGAUGUGGGCACUGCGCCCUGAGCCCAAUAGCACGACCAGAGUGGGUGGGCUGCUGGCUGCCAGAGAGCCCUGAGGCCCCUAAAAAUGAAAUGUGGAAUUAAACAGAAAAGACAUUGCACGGUGCUGGAUUGUCUGCUCCCAUCAGGCUGUCUGAGGGCUGUCCGUUGUUGUGUAUGUUGGGUUAGGAUGGGGUUGGGGUUCUGUUUCCCCCUCUUUGGUGCUGGAAAAGGGGAAGAUAAGCUGUUGUCUGAACUGUCCCGUUGGUCUGUAUCCCUGCAGUCACAGCUUGGCUGCCUGCUGGAAGUCUUUGGGGGGGGGGCAUUGCUCUGGCCCUGCAGAUCACACCACCGGUGUUUCUGUCUGCUUUGAGUCUGGCUUAGGUCUGUUUUCCCUCUCCCAACCCCACUGUCCUCCCCCUUGUGUCCCUGCUCCAGGACAGCUGCUGUCCCCAUCCACCAGGACCAGCAGAAGAGAGAUUCUUCCUUUCCCAUCCCAAUUUUAGACAUUUGUGGAGCACAAAGUGUUGUUCAGUGUCCUGAUUGCUGCUCCUCCCCUACCCCACAUCCUGGGCCACCUCAGACCUCAGGCUGUCCCCACCAGGGGCAGGACGUCCCCAAACCCUGUUGGGUCCCUCCUCUGGCUUUAUCAGCUCCUUCCUCCCCAGGUUGGGGACUUAACUCAUGGGGGUUUCCCAUUGGCUUCAGGUCUAUGAAAGCUGAACUGUGCUGAAAACUCCCCCCAAAAAACCAUAUAACACAGCCCAAGGCCUGGGGCUGAUGUCACCCAGGACAGGGAGAAGGAGAAGCCACCUGCACAGGGUCUGCCCUCGCAGUCAGGAACCCAGACAUUUCUUGUGUUCCGACUCUUCCCAUGAUGGACAUGGAGAAAUGGCACGUUGCACAGUUUCAAUGAGCGCUUCCCAGCCUUGCUGAAUGAAGAGCCUCUGGUGUGGUGGUCAUGAGGCUGCAUCCUGCAGCUGCAAGGCAGGGAAUUGCAGCAAUCUGCAGGGGGUACACAGGCAGGAGGUGAUGCUGCAGGUGUGGCGUGCAGGACGUGCACUCAUUGGUGUUGCUUCCGAAGGAGCAGUAAGAGGAGAAGUACUUGAAACAAGCAACAGUUCUACUGAGCCUUAAGAAAAAGUGAAAAAAAUAGGGGUUUAUUUUAUUUUUACUUUAAUUUUGCACUCAGGAUGAUUUAGAGGUUGUUUUGGUUGUUCCAGAUGUUCCACUUCUUUCCUGGAGGGAAGUGGCCUUAAAUUCCUGAAAUCUGUGGCUGCAAAGCAUCACACAGGGCUGUCCUACCCUGCAGACAUAAGCCCAAAAAUGCCACAAGGUGCACAACCCCAUAAGGGCUCUUUGUGCCCCUCAUCACCCUCAGCUUCACCUCCUUGAAGCCUUCCAUUUCUCCACAAUUUGGGCUACUUUCCCCCUCCUUGCCUUUUUUCUUUUUGGUCUUUUUCUGCCUGGUUGGAUUUCAGCUGCAAAUUCCUUUCUCCUGUGCAAGUGUGUGCACAAACAUAGAAAUGCCCGUGGUGUUUUGUGUUGGUGUGCCUGUACACAGCACAUACACCUGAGCAAUAGAGACUCACAGAUGCUGUGUGAGUACAUGGGCACGCACAGAUGUAGUAAAUGCUGUAUGCACACAUCUACUCACUGUAGAUUUUUCAUUCAAGUGUAUCAGCAAUAGGAGUGCGUGGUCCUGCUCCCUCUGCAGCUGGGUGCCUCGUGCACAGUGAUGAGAGAAAAGCUUCUCCUUUUCUUCUCGUCCUUUUCGUUGCUUUGCUGACAUCGUGGUGGUGCCGCUUGGAAUCAAGCACAUCCAAAAUCCCUCCAUGAAAGAUCAGUGACGUUGUGCACAAGGCAUCAGGUCCUGUGUUGGUGCAGUGCCAAAAAAAAAAAAAAAAGAGAGCCAGUCGUCCCACCUGGCUGCUGAGUGAUUGCUGCUUUCUUGUUUUGGGUUCAGCCCCAGCAGGGAGGUGUUGCAGCCAUCAGUGAUGGAUGUCAUUUGGUGAUGAGGAGUCCCUUCUUUCUGUCACUGCCGCUCCUGUGCGCAUCUCCAGCAGCAGCUUAAGGCAUCUCACUUACUGUUCCCAUCCUGACUGCAGAUGUCAGGCUGGAUUAAACUUUUAUUACCUGGUAGAGAGCAAAACCUGGUAAUCCUUUUGCCAAACAGUAUUUACACUGUGUGGUGUGUGCUGGGGCAUGUUUACAUUGGCUGAGGUGUGCAGCUCUGCUUGGCAGCUUCAGCUGCCUCCUCCCAUGAGUCCCUCCAUCCAUCCUGGGCUGUGUGCAUCCCAUGGGCAGCAGUCAGGGCACUGUGUUGUGGGACUGAGCCCAUCUCAGCCCUUUUUCCCAUCCCCUGCUCCUCCAUCUCUCAGCCCCCAUGAAGCACAAUAUGGUGUAACGCCAGCUGUCAGCAGCACAAGGGAAGGGCCACGUCCUGCAGCACAGCAGAGCAUGCUCCUAGGGCUGCUCUGCAGAUCCUGUAGCAGCAGCUGCCCCUGCAGAAGCAACACACAGCCCCUGAUCCUGGCAGGAGAUUCUGACAGGGGAAUGAAUGAAGUAUUGCGGGCCAAGUGUAUGACAGUUUUAGGUGUGAAUGUGCAGAGAAACAUACCUCUUGGGAACUGAAUAGCCAAGAAGUCCCUCUCUCCAUCUCCAGCCAGCAUCAGCCCCUUCUGCUGGUUAGGAAAAUGAUGGGACACAGGGCUGGGGCUGAAUGCUGCCAUGCAGAGCACGUGGCCCCACUGCCCACACUUUUAUUUCUGUGGAUGAGGUGCAUGUGGGUUUGGUGUGGCCUGGGGAGACAUGAUGUGGUUAGGUCCCAAAGCUCAUUGUGCACUGCAGCGUGCUGCUGGUACCAGUGCUGCCCUGGGAGAUGGUGUCACAAGCACAGCUCUGUUCUGCCUCCUUCACCGUGGGGCUUGGUUGGAUUUUUCCUGUGUGUGUGGAAGUGGCCGAGGCACUGUCCCCUGCAUGGCACAUUGGGCAGAUGCUGUUGGCAGCAUGGCGUUCCCCCAGUCCCCUACCAUCUCUGUGCUGAGGCACUGAAUCAGCUUUCUGCACUAGCAGCAAUCAGCCUUUUUCCCAAAGAACUCCCACCAGCUCUUUUGUAACUUGAAAGAAGGCCAUUUCCUGGGCACCAUGGCUUUGUGGGGGUGCUGGGGGGCAUGAGGUGUCCAUAGGUGAUGCAGCAGGACCCCCUUCUUAUGAAGCUGGAGUGCUUCAAAAGAGCCCAUCUCCCCCUUUCCCACUAACACAGCUGGCCUGUUGGCCUCGGGUUUGUCACUAAAAUGAGGGGUGUGAUGGUCCUGCUGCCUGCCUGGGCACUACAAAGGGCAGUGUGGGGGGACUUUUUGUAUGGAGAACCCCACCAUCCCCCCUCACUUGAGGCUGUAGUAUGGUCCCAGGGCUGCAGUGCCCUGCGUGGCAGCACCUGGGAAGGGUGCAGCCCUGCCCUAAUGCCAUGUUGGGGUCCCACCUGGCUGAGCACCACCCUUCUCUGCCCUUACGAAGCCUGCAUUUCCCCAAGGAUGCUCACAAUGUUGCCCCCCAUAAAUUUCCAGUGAGCUGUCAAGAGAGCAGAGGCUGUCCCACUGCUGCAGGGAGUACACAGCCCUCUGGCCUUUCACAAACCCUUCCCGAGAGCCUUUCCUUGGGAGAUGCAAAUGAUGCAUUAUAUAUUUUUCCCUUUACCUCCCAGCCUAAUGCAAACUAUUGUGGGGCUCACCCAGACCAGCACUGGCUGUGCAGCUGAGAGUGGCCGCUUUGCAUUCCCAGCGUGCUGCUUUCCUUCACUGGUCUGCUGCUGCAUAGCUGAGGUUUAUGUACUGUAUGGGAAAAAAAGAAAAAUCAAACACAGAACACACACAGGAAAAAAAGAAAAAAAAAAAAAAAAGAAGAAAAAAAGAUCCUAAUGUUCCAAAACAAAUGACAGUAUAUUUUGUACUUUGUAAAAGUGUUAAUUAAAAUGAAAAAGAAGGAAAAGAAAAAA